AUGUAUAGCCUCGAGUUUGAUCUUCAUGCACUGGCUCUUAACCAGUUAGCGGAUAUUUUAAGUACUGAUCCGGAAACAACAGAUGAUGAAGUGGCCCGCUUUAUAAGUCGAUGUCCAGAAAUUCCUAUAGAUGGAGAUGCCGAACUAGGAGUGAUGAAUAAUAUAUAUCAACAAAACAUAUCAGCAUUAGCGUCCUUUUCCUCGAAUACGAAUAACGAAGCUUUCGUAGAUGAGAUCUUUCCAAUUCUUCUAAAUUACUUGAAAUAUCUUCCAAAAUUCUCGUUUGAAGAAGAUCUUACAUGGAAGGAUUACUCACUUCCUGAUAAACUUUCGGGAAAUAUCAUAACGGAGCUGCUAAACAUAUCGAUUAAAUCAAAUUAUCGUCGAGAAAAAGUAUUCAAGGGAGUGAUUUUGUUUAUAGAUACGUUGUCAAAUUUGCUGAAAUGUGGAGAUGUUAUAUGCAUUAGUACUGUCGUUCUACCAAUGUUGAAUGGAAUGUUUCGUGCGCUACAGCUAUCACUCAUCAUGUGGAAUUGUAAUGAUUUUGAGUCUUUGGCACAUCAUUUACAAACAUUCGUUCACAAUGAUUAUGUUCAGGAGAUUGACAAAACUUUAGAAACCGUGAUCCAAUCUACGGAUCAAUCGUUGGCUUAUGCUAGAAAAUUUUUGUCUAGAUAUUCAUUCUUAGGAUACCCAUUAUCAAGUGGCGGGAUCAUAUAUGGAUAUAUAACUUUGAUGAGAAAUGUAUUAGUGCGCGUAAUGAUUUCUAAUGACAAUGCUAACGGGGAUAAUUCAUUAAAGUCAUUUAAAGAUUUAUGGAAUUCUUUAGUCAAUGACAAGGCAAAAAUAUCUACAUCUGUUACAGAAAACGUUGGAAAAGCCUUAAGAAAAACCUACAUCAUGUCAUUACAAUAUUUCUCGGAGUUAACUAAAAUACACGAUAAAUUUCUUUCCCAAGGCAACGAUUGUCCUCAAGCGCUUUAUGCUAGAGAAAUAAUGUCGGUUAGCUUGGAUCUCUCUGGAGUGAUUAGUUUAUUUCUUCACGAAGUAGACGAUGAGGCAAUAGGCUACUUGACCACUUCCUUAUUCGUUGUUCCACAGACUCCCGAUUUAAAAGUUCAAAUCUCCGCGCUAGAUGCUGCAACGAUACUCGCUUUAAACUUUCCUAAGACUACAUCGAAUAUGAUCCAGACAAUAAGAAAAUUUUUAAUAACGCCCUCAAUGAUUUUUGAAUUAGCAGUUGUAGUUGAUAACCUCUCCAUUCACGAAUAUGGAAUUCUGAGAUUAGCACAUUGUCUUAAGGCUGUUAGUUCGGAGAUGUCUCGUUCAGUUAUAUACAACCUUCUCGCAACGUUUACAACGGGUGGUCAUGAGCGAACUUCAACUUCACAAAAGCUGACUCCCCCAAAUAGUACGACCAACUCGCUUACUCCUGAUCAAAUCUCAAUAUAUAGCUCUGUUAGUGGUACUUCUCGCAGUGAAGAAUCGCGUCAGCAAAUGCUUGAAAAUAUUGUCUGCACUGUUGCUGGGGUUGCUUGUAUUUUGAAAGAUGAAGAUAUCACAGCUUUAUGUGUUUCUAUGCUUGCUCCACGACUUCGGAACCACACACCAGCCUUGGAUGUUGUUAUUCUUGAGAAAUUUGUUGACCUUGCAUUGAUUUCUUCAGAAAAGAUUUUUUCGGAGAUCGUACAAAAAUUUUCAGAUAUUAGCCGUCAGUCGUUGUCACCCGACAAUAAGAUAGUUACCACCGCAGUUCUCAGGUGUCAGCAAGAUUUAGCUAAUAAAAUUCAUUGUCGGCCUGAAUUUUAUGAACUAUAUUUAUUAAAGAUUUUGUCGUUGUUUGUGGAAAAAGGGGUGGGGAUUCAACAAACGGUAGCGAAAAACGGCAAGUUUCAGGUCACUUCUCUCGUAGGAGAAAUCGGGAUUUUGCUUCCUGUUCUUAAAACACUUUUAUCGCACAAAGACUUUAAAGUACAUUUGAGCACCUCGGAAGAAUUUGUUGGACUAUUUCGAAAUCUUUGGUUUCACUGCGUGCUGUACGGAUUUGUAUCUGAAGAAGCUUGGGUGCGUGAAUGGAGGGAUUCGUUGAUUGUAGUUGCUCAAAAGACGCCUCCUCUUGUUCUGGAGAGUGCAAGAAAUUAUAUAGAAGUUGACCUUGAGUUCAAUUCGGUAUUGAUUCGAGGAAAUUCUGACCAGGAUCUUGCAAAUGUUCGAGCUUCUCUUUCGACUUUUAUGCCAAAUCGUGCGUACGAGAUCAAGUAUUUUUCGUUUGCCGAAGUUACAUUCCUAUUAUCUGUAUAUCACAUCGAGAUAAUGAGAAGUCAAAUGGGACAAUGUUCUUUCAUUCAGAGAUAUCUUGUUAAUGAGGGUGUGAAUGGUAGUAAAUUGGUUGGAUGCAUGGAGGAAAUUGGGAACCAGGUAAUUGAUGUUUUCAUCAAGGAAUGCUCGAACAGAAUGAUCGCUCACACCAUUGACAACGCCAUUCGCACUCAAAUACGUAAUCUCAUGAUUGCCUCCUGCCAUCGCCUCAGCAAAGUUCAUCAGCUAGCUAUUAAGCAUCUUGACAGUCUGAUGUCGACCUUCCCUUCUCUAUUGUGUGACAAAAGUUUAUCAUUCUUAUUGUUGGAGUUGAUCGAAUUGGUGUGGCAAAGUUGCGAGUCGGAAUACACAAAUGAGUAUUCUCCAGUUUUUGCUUUUCCUUCUGUGAAAGUCGGGGUUACUCUUUAUUUGUCUGAUUCAUACGACUAUCGGAAAGAAAUGUUGACACGUUUAUGCGAAAGUUCCAAAAAAUGGUUUUUAAUGGCCAUAUCUCGUGCACCUUAUGAAGUUCGUGGACUAUUGGAGGAAUAUCUUGCAGAAUUUGAUCAUUCUCACGCAUAUAACACUGUUCACAUGGGAUGUUCUAUUGCCCUUGAAAUUGGAAGUUAUUUUACGCGUCUAGAUCCCAACACAGUAAUAAGUCCACGCAUACCAGCAAUAUCGAUAAAUAAUGUUUCCGAACUUAUACAUGAUUAUUCUGCAAGACGUUAUUACUUUGGACAAGUGACCAGCGCUCGUCAUUGGAUGAGCUCAGGUUCGGAAAACCAUACAUUUGAUACCACACCAGAUAAGAAGCAUGAUGUUAUUACGGAGGAACAGAUACAAAAUAUGCGAGACACUUUAACUGAUUUAGGAAAAAAAGUCCGCAAGGGGUUACACGUUACACUCAAGGAUUUAAACAAUAUACUAUACUUAGCAGCCGGAAUGCUUGUUUCCAUGUCGAAACCAGACGAAGAUAUCGUUCAUUCCAUAGUAUGGAUUCCAGUUUAUUUAUUUACCAGCGACUCCAUCAAAUUGGGCAUCUCCAUUUGGAAUUGGGUAAUCAAUGAAAAAUUAACGUUGGAGAAACGAGUCAUGAAUGAAGUUGCCUCGGGAUGGAUUUGGACCUUGCGAAAUCGCAAGGGUUUAUUUUCUCCGUUACUUAAUGUGAAAGAUCCAUUUGUGAACAAAAUGCAGUAUGCACCUUCAGAUAAGGCUACUAGGGAUAGGAAUUAUAAACAUGCUAGACAUUCGUUUCACCCACACCUGAUUUGGUUAGAAUGGUUAUCUGGACGUUUCCAUGCUUUUGGGUAUCGAUGCGCCGAAUUGGUCAACCUUUAUGUGAGGCUUUUCCAAACGACACUUGACGAAUGUCAGAACAUUUGCAAUCAUCCUUUAUCCCGAGAAGGUCGACUUCAUAUAAUAAUAAUGGGAUUUAAGAUUUUACAGUCUAAUAAAAUGGAGGCAUCAAUAGAACUUAGAUUUCGAAUCAGAAUAUUUAAGGCUGCGUUCACAUGGUUUUCUUUGCCACCCAGAUGGUCAUACGGUGGCAAUAGGAAGUCCAUGAUCACCGAGUACAAGUUGUUGAUCGAAGUUUACAAGUUAGUAGAAAACGAUAAAGUGGAAUUGUGCGACGUUUUAUCCACAGCUCCCAAGAAACUAUCACAGUUUUCGUUGGCUUCACCUACGUUUUCGAUUCAAGAUCGUGAUGAGAUGGCCAAAUCAAAGAGAUUAUUUUUAUUGUUUUUGGAAAGCGAAAUAAAUAAUUUGUCGACGUGGAUCAAUCCCUUAAAUUCUCCCGAGAUAUUAAAAGAGAAUUUUGUUCCUAGCAUUGAAAGAACAAUGAGUGAUGAUGGUUGGAAACAAAUUAUUCGUCAUUCCUGGUUGAUAUCACCAAGUUUAUCUAUUCAGAUGACUAACAGAUUCAAACAGUCGGUAGUCCAAAAUGAAGUGUACAGAUUGAUAGUUAAUAAUUCAGCAGAUGCUGUGAGGGUGUCAGAUGCACUACCUUUGUUGUUAGGAGAUAAAUUAAAUAAUGCCAUUGCUCCUCAAUUAAAGGUAUUUUGUAUUUCAUAUAUACCCCCUAUAACUGCUGUUUCAUACUUUUCAGUGAACUAUAACCAUCACCCCUUGGUUCUACAAUAUGCAAUGCGGUCUCUUGAAUAUCAUCCAGUCGACAUUGUUUUCUUUUACAUACCUCAAAUUGUCCAAGCCUUAGGAUUCGAUAACUUGGGCUACGUGGAACGUUUUAUUAUGAACGCCGCUAAAAUAUCUCAGCUGUUUGCGCAUCAGAUCAUAUGGAACAUGAAGGCAAAUAUGUACAGAGAUGAUGAAUCGCAAAUACCCGAUCCAUUAAAACCAACCUUGGAAAGGGUCAUUGAAAAUAUUGUUGAUUCCCUAUCAGGGGAAGACAAGGCAUUUUACGAGAGAGAAUUUACAUUUUUCAAUGCAGUAACAUCAAUAUCAGGAAAAUUAAAGCCUUAUAUUAAAAAGUCGAAAUUGGAAAAGAAGGCAAAAAUUGAUGAAGAAAUGGCAAAAAUCAAGGUGGAUGUUGGCGUAUAUUUGCCAAGUAAUCCGGAAGGAAAAGUGAUUGGCAUAGAUUAUAAAUCCGGAAGACCGUUACAAAGUCACGCAAAGGCUCCGUUCAUGGCGACAUUCAGAAUUCGGAAAGAUGCAACAGAUUCUGAAGACAUCAAAGAAACUAUAAUUCAACUAACAAAUGGAAAUAAUGGCGAUAAUAAAACAAAAACAGUCGAUGUUUGGCAGUCAGCUAUAUUUAAAGUUGGUGAUGAUUGUCGUCAGGAUGUCUUGGCAUUGCAAUUGAUCGCAAUUUUUAAGAAUAUUUUUACCACCGUGGGGCUCGAUUUAUAUUUAUUCCCAUAUAGGGUUGUAGCAACAGCACCUGGGUGCGGUAUGAUAGAUGUAAUUCCGAAUUCAAUAUCUCGUGAUCAACUUGGCCGUGAAAGGGUCAACAGCCUUUAUGAUUAUUUCCUUGCGACUUAUGGCGGUGUUGAGUCAAUUGCUUUUCAGAAGGCAAGAAAUUGCUUUAUUCAAAGCGCAGCAGCCUAUUCAGUUGUGUCAUUCUUGUUACAAAUCAAGGAUAGGCAUAAUGGAAACAUUAUGUUAGAUAAUGAGGGUCAUAUUAUUCAUAUUGAUUUUGGUUUUAUUCUGGAUAUCGCACCCGGUGGAAUUACUUUUGAAAGUUCUCCAUUUAAGCUUACGACCGAAAUGAUUCAAGUCAUGGGUGGUAAUGCCGAAGGUCAGCAAUUCAAAUGGUUUUCAGAAUUAUGUAUCAAGGCAUAUCUGGCUUCAAGACCGUAUGCAGAGAAUAUAUGUCAAGUUGUAGGCUUAAUGCUUGGAUCCGAACUUCCGUGUUUCAAAGGUGAUACACUCAAAAGGUUGAGGGAUAGGUUUCAGGUUGGCCGAACUGAGCGUCGUGCUGCUGACUACAUGGUUGAGAAAAUCAAUCAAUCUUUCGAAAAUAAAAGAACAGUGUUGUACGAUAGCUUCCAAAAAGCUACUAACGGUAUUCCUCACUAA